AUGGGCUUUCUAUCCUCCAAAACCCUGAUCAAGGGACACGCGGUCUUCCUUUUCACAGUCGCCGUUUACCUCACCAAAUCUCCCGAAGUCGUCACUGAAAGCGAUGUAGUCUUCAUGCUGGGAGAGCUCCUACGGCUUGACUCGUCAACAACUCCAUCCUCCUCCCGUCCCCAAUCACCCUUCGCCAUGUGCGGCAUCCUCCUUGCCGCCGAGGCUCUGGUAGACUUAAUUCUCAUCACGAAAAUCCCACACUUAAAUGAGAUUCUGGCCAUGGCCGAAGCCGCGCGACGAGAAGCUCCCGGAGCCGUAAACGGUCUGGAGCGCAUGCGUACCAACCCGUUCAUCGCGCGUCUUACGACCUUAUACUCUGAAAUCUGGACGCUGCUUUCUCUGACGAGGUUCUGUCUCUUCUUUGCUGUCUCGUUCUUCAUAUAUCAGAGCAAACCGGAUGCGGGGAAGGCUGCUGUGGACCAUGCUGUCCGUGGCUCUGCGUCUAGGGAGCCUUCGGGGUUGGAUCAGUUGAAAAAUAGGGUGGUUUUUACGUAUGGGUUCAUGGAGAUGAUGUUUUGGUUUUGGAUUUACAUAACGCUGCGCGAAGAAAGACAGGAGGUUUCGCAGCGGUUUGCGGAGCGAGAGCGUGAUCAAUAG